AUGUCUUCCGAACACCCUCAACUUUCCGUCAAUGAGACAAACAAUACCAAGGACACUUCAGGUGCAGAGCUGCGAGCCUUCCUGUCUGAACAGAUUGCUCCUCUUUCCGAGUCAGAAUUCAAGCAAUUGACAGAAUUCUAUUCGAGUUGGAAGUACAACACUAUACCUACUUAUGAACCGGGCACAGAGGAAGACCUUGCUCAGCGCAAAGAAAAAUGGGUGGGGGGGACCCGUUGGGAUGGCCUGGACAUUGGGAGUCUUAGGUUGGGGGAAAGCCCAGAACUCAGACUACAAUCACUCAUGAAGAUCAUUGAAGAUGGGGUCAGUUCGGUCAAAGAAAAGUCGCAAAGACGCCCGAUGACCCACCAACUACCACACAAUGAUGAGGCAGUUGGAGGGAAGGAAACACUCAAUUCACAAGUGAACGCUGGCGAGAUUGAUGGAGGAGGAGACUACGAGAAUGACGUGGAUGAAGACGAGGAAGAUGAUUGGUCUUAUUCUGACAGUGAAAGUGAAAAGGAGGAUCUUGCUGACUAUCCGUAUGAACACCAAGAAGGCAGCCGUGAUGUUAGCCGAUAG